AUGCGACCGGUCUGUCCCUCCUGCGGCAAAAUUGUCUACUACGACCCCAAGGUGGCCGCCGUUACCAUUAUUGCCCGGGAUGGGAAGGUCCUGCUGGUGCGCCGGGCCAACGAGCCGGGUUACGGCCUCUGGAGCGUACCUGGAGGUUAUGUUGACCGGGGCGAGGUAGUAGAAAAGGCAGCAGCCAGAGAGGUGUUCGAAGAAACGGGCCUAAGAGUCGUGAUCGACCAUCUGAUUGGCCUCUUCUCGGAAGAGGGCCGCACGGUUAUAGUGGCAGCCUUCAGCGGACUGGAACAAGGGGGACAGCUUAAGGCUGGCUCCGAAGCACUGGAUGUAGGGUUUUUCGGGUUGGAUUCUCUGCCACCGUUGGCUUUUCCCGGCGACGCCAGAAUGCUGGAAAGUUGGGUCAAUGCCCGAGACAAGUCCCCCUAG